GUGAAUAGACGACGACGACGACGACGACGACGGAGGUUUUUUUAUAUACAAUACAUAUUUCGGCUGAUAAGAACAGGCUGGGCCGCUUAUCAGCAAUGCACAACAAGAAGCACACACGGACGGGCGAGAUGUGAGAAGCGAAAGCGGACGAAAAUAGAAACAAACGGCGAUAAAUUUACAGCGAAGGCGAAUUUUUAUACAUAAGCGAAGUGCCGCAGAGGAAUAGAGUAGUAAUCCAAUCAGUUAAUCAGCCAAACAGCCGGAGUGCGACGUGAAAAUGAUCAGUGGGAACGGAUAGCGAGAUAGUGAGCAGUGAUCGUAACUCCGGAUAGUGCUAAAUAUCAACCCAAACCCAACCUAUGUGUUGUGCCUUGUCGAAUGUAGAACGGCCACCUAAUUUGUUAAUUUUUUGUUGGUCAAAUGCCGACGGAGGCAGCCAACUAAACAAAGAGCCAUUGAUUCUUUUCAUUUAGUAACUUGUACAUCCUAGUUUUGUAGCGGUACCAAACUCAUAAACCCGCAAAUAAUAAUAGACAAUAAACUUAAAUCAGAACCCUAAAUGUUCGUUGUUCGUCCUCGCCAGUACCCAGCAUGUUGAAAUCGAAGCAGUUGCUCCAGCAGUUUUCCAAAGAAUACGCCAAGCUUACGCCGACCAAUUUCAAGCUAAAGCGGGCUCUGAUAGUCACCAAGUUGUCCCGCUAUGAGUUCGAGCAACUGCGUCAUCCGGAACUAUCGCCGGAUCAGCUGCAGCAGAAGCUACGCGACCGGGGAACCGACGUGGAGAUGGUCCUCUACCUUCACAAGGUUCACAAGGAUUUCGAGCGCCGGGUCGUCCAGAGCUUCCAGGAUGUGGGCUGCGAGGUGAAGCUGUCCAGCAGACUUGAAUUUAGAAGCUCGUUGAGCAAGGACGUCAUGAGCUGGGCGGACGUCAUCGUGCCGGUGGGUGGCGACGGUACCUUCCUUCUGUCCGCCGGACGCGCCAGUCCGCUGUUCGCGCUCAGCCAGCAGAAGACGCCAAUCGUGGGCUUUAACUCGGAUCCGCUCCGCUCGGAGGGUCGACUCAUGCUGCCCAAGCACUAUUCGGAUAAUCCCGCCGAUGCCGUGUCCCGCAUCAAGAGCGGCGACUUCAAGUGGAUGCACCGCUCGAGGGUGCGGACUACGAUGCUGGGCAGCAACGGCAAGAUCCCGGAGUCGACAGACCUCUUUCGGCACACAGAGGUCAAGAUGGAGCAGGUGACCACUGCACCCGAAAUGCUGGACCGGGACAUGGCCUUCAAGUACAAGGCCAAAAUGAAACGCAUCCUACCGUACUUGGCUCUCAACGAGGUAUUUAUCGGGGAACACCUCUCAGCCCGAGUGUCCCACUUGCAGCUGGUGCUGGACCACCAGGAAGUGGUGAACAAGACCAAGUGUUCCGGCCUGUGUGUCAGCACGGGCACCGGCUCAACAUCCUGGCACACCAGCAUCAAUCGCAUUACCAGUCGGGAUGUGGACGAUCUGCUGCGCUCGCUGCCCAAUAGUGGUUCGAAGGACGUGAUGAUGCUGCGCCAGAAGGCGGAGGAGAUCGCCCAGCGGUACAACCAGGGGCUGCUCUUUGCGCCGGACGACCCGCGUCUCUGCUACUCCAUCCGGGAGCAGAUCUGUGUGGGCGUGUGGCCCUCGCCAAAGACCUUCAAGGAGCGCGAUUUUGUGCAGACUGUGUUCGUCAAGUCGCAUUGCAUCGAUGCCAACCUUGUAAUAGAUGGCAGCAUUUCGUACCCCUUCAACGAUGGCGCCAAAGCUUUGCUGGAGGUCCAUCCCGAGGAUGCCCUUCUGACAAUCGCUUUAGACUGAAUCCAGUGAUGCGUCCCAAGUGCCUGGUUAUCUAGCCCUAGCAUGUCUGAAUUUUUGAAAUUAUUUAAGUAUGCAUUUUGCAACUACUUAGCAGUGUAAGCUCAAAAGUUAUUUUGUUAUUAUAUAAACAUAUAUUUAAACAUCA